AUGGAUGUGGCAUAUGAUCACAUCCAAGAAGAAGCUUUCCCCGACGACCCUGAGGGAAAGCGCAACGACAAUGAACCAAAGUCACCUUCUCUAAACACCGAGUUUCAGGAAGCAUACAAAGCGUUCUCUAGCAGUCCAUGGGGCACGCGGCUAGGCGGGUUCUUCGGCACGGUGAAGAAGCAGGGAGAGAGUUACUAUGAAGAAGCCCAGAAGGAACUGGGAGCCGCUAGCAAGACCGCGACAAAAGGCCUGAGCGAGCUCCAAUCCACCCUCCUGAGCCGUACCCGCGCUCUAUCAAUAAGCCAAACAACUCCCAGCGCUUCCACCACAGACGCCAGCUCCGCAGGCAACGAAGCCUCGAGCUCCAAACAAGCCGACGCAUCCGCAGAGCCCCACCCCGACAGACCCGAGUCCCUCCCCGCGGACAUUGUCAAAGAAGCCGAAACCCUAAUCUCGCGCUUCCGCUCCGAAGCCGCGAAGCGGCUGAAGGACAUCGAGAAAGCCGAAGACGCCGCCGACGAGGCUUUGCUAAAAUUCGGUUCCAACAUUCGGAACUUCCUGCGGGACGCCGUGACCAUCGCGCCGCCGACCUCGCCUUCCGAUACGCAGACGGGUGAUGGCAGCACCGGCAAGAGUCGCGAGGUGCUAUUCGAGAGCACAGAUGCGGCUGGGAAGCGCGUCAUACAUACAACGCGCUUCGAUGCGCAGUUGCACGUCAUACACACGCGGCUGGAGAGUUUUGAGAGGGACCCUGAUAGUCCGGAGUGGGAGGGGUGGGUCAGGGAGUUUGAUGUUGGGGAGAAGACGGAGGAAAUUGCGAGGGAUUUGGAGCGGUUUGAGGAGUUGAGACGGGCGAUGGAGAGGCUGGUGCCGGAGGUGGUGGAGUAUAGGGAAUUUUGGAAACGGUAUUACUUUUUGAGGCAUGUGGUUGAGGAGGAUGAGAGGAGGAGGAAGGAGAUGUUGAAAGGUGCCGCAGCCCUGCCUGAAGAGGAAGAGGUCGCAUGGAGCGAAGACUCUGACUCCGAGUCCGAGUCUGAAUCUACUACGCCGAACCCAGUCUCAUCCUCCAAGGAAACACUCAAGCCUGUGGUGCCAGAGGCUGAACCAGGAACGAAAGAUGACAAUGACCGGCUCAAACCGGCCGAGCCGCGUCGGUCGAACGACCAGCACUCAACAGCUGAUAGCGAUGCGAGCUACGACAUCGUCAGUGGAGCCGUUAGCGGAGCCACCAGCCGAGCGCCAGGGAGUCCGAAAGAGGAGAAGAAGGAGAAGCCGGUGCAGGAGGAGAGUGACGAAGAAGAUUGGGAAUAA